AGAAUAAGCUAAAAAUCAAUUGCAAAUAAAAAUAUUAUUUUUUUUAAAAAGAUAAUCAAAUUUUUGAUUUUUCAUAUCUUAAAAUUAUUUUAAAUAAUUAUGGGUGCGUUUUCGUCGCAUUCGGCAGUAGUCAAGAGCUUUGAAAAGAACCAGCAAUACAUUAAUGAAAUGAAUAAAAUGAAGCUGGAACGAUGGAUUCAAAUGCAAGCUCAAAUGAAGCAAAGAGAACGAGCACAAGAGAUUGCAAAAAAUAGAGAGCUGUUUAUUUGGAUGAGUGCAUUCUAUUUAAUCGCUGGAAGUGGAAUUAUGUCAAAAUUCUUUCGAGUUAAGCGUCCUGCUGUUCUUUCGCCUUUAAUUCCAAUGAGUUUUGUUUUACUUUACUAUGGAGAUUUAAGUUAUGGUACUAAAUUGCAUCGGAUAAACUUAGAGGCAGAAAUGAUUAUGGAGCAUGAAAAAGAACUGCUCGAACUACCUUGUAAUUUGCCUACUGUUGCAUCUAUAGACUCUGCACGAAUUGAACUUGAUGAAGAAAGUCGAUUACAUCCUCCACAUGUCUAAGUGAUUUUUGUGUGCUCCUAAAACAUGAUCAGUGACAAUAGUAUCUAGUCGAAGAAGAAUUUCGUGAUUAAAAUUACUUCUAAAAUGUUUGAUAGCAAUUUUGCUUAUGAGUGAAAUUAAGUGUAGAUUUAUUAAUCAUUCCAUGAUGCAUACGUUUGCAGUGUCUUUAAACCAAACAAUAUAUUCCCUUUUUGCAUUUACCUACAUUACUUAAUCAAUUUAGAUUUCUUAUCAUGUUAGAUAGAUAUUAGAUAUAUGGA